GCAGCGUAGCCGGCUGGUGGUGACUUACACCGGGGAUCGAGAAGGGAGCGAGGAAGAGCCGGAGGCCACUGGCACUGCGUCUUCCCGGCGGUGUGGACAGGGCGCCCGGCGUUUGCGGCUGCCGGAGAGCUCGCGGUGGCGCCCCCUCCCUCUGGCUCUGGCUGACUUCGGGGUUGGCGCAGGUGGGCAAGGCAGGGCGCCGCAGAUCUCCGGUUCCCACGAAGGCGAGCUCGCUGUCUCUGCGAGGGGGAGGGGCCAUCCUAAAAAUAUGUAAAUAUCCGAGCGCCGACUUCGCGCUGGGGCACCCGCCAAGGUCCCAGCGCCGCCGCCGCAGGGUGUUUUACAUGAAAAUGAGAAGCCUGACACGAUCCGCGCUCUGACUGAAGGCUGCUCGGUGAUUAGCAUGAGACUGGGCGGCUGUCCUGCUUCCUGCCCUUCAGUAGCCAUUCUGCGCGCUCGAGACGGAGCAGCCGUGCCACCGUACGGGGGUCGGUCGGCGGGCUCCGCAUCCUUGGCAGCCAUGGCUCGCGUCGCCGCCUCGGCCAGUAAGUAGGAGCAUGCAUGUGUAGGGGGCACAUGUGUGUCGGCGCACCCACCCACACACGGCACCCCACCCCGAGCCUCGGGAGGAGGAAGAUUGACGAGGCGCUGCAGUCGCGGGGACGACUCGGGUUCUUCCCGGCUUCCGCAGGAGCCCGCCUGCCGCAGCCACGGUCCGCAGAGGCUGCUCGGUUCCCUGUGCACACGCGCCCCCGGCCCGAGCCUCUGUAAUGAAGACUGCCUCCCGAGGACUGCGGGGGAGGCAGAGCCAGCCUGCGCCGGGGACUGCGGGCCGCGCGGCGGAGAGGCCCGAGGGGACAAGACUCGGACGCUGUCAUCCCCACGCCUCGCACUGAGCCACCCGGCGCGGUGGGUCUCCAGCCGCCCCUCCGGCUUCCCGGGCGCCCGAUCCCGGGUCAGCCCCGGAGGCCUCGGCUUCCUCGUUUGCUUGAGUCUUUUGUGCGGUGGCUCACAGUUGGCUAAGCACUCCUGCGCUGAAUCGGGCCAUUGUCUGCGCUCCCAUUGCUUUCACGCUGCAAGUCUCGGCGCCCCCACCCCGCCCGCCCCCUCCCCGCCUCCUCCUGGCCGGGGAGCCUCCUAACGUGCCUUUCCCCCCAGGAAUCUGGAAGCUAUAAGCCGGGCGGAUUGCAAAUGAAGUGUAAUGCAUUGUGGGACGUGUGUAAAAUCGGAGCCUUCGCCGUGGGGGUGUGGGGGGGCGUGGGGAGGGCCGGACCCGCCGCUGGCGGUGUAGACGCCGACGAGGAGGGGCUGGGAAAAUGUGCGCAGAGCCCGCCCGGGUCGUGCCCGCCGUAGACUGAUGAAGCAGCGCGCUGCGCCCCGGCGCUGAGGCCCGGAGGAUCGGGGCAGCAGGUCGCCCUCCCCACCAUGAAGAAGACCCGGAGCACAACCUUGCGGCGAGCCUGGCCUAGCUCGGAUUUCUCGGAUCGGGCCUCGGACCGCAUGAGGUCCCGCAGCGAGAAGGACUACCGCCUGCACAAGCGCUUCCCCGCGGCCUUCGCGCCCCAGGCUUCGCGGGGCUACAUGACGUCAGGUGAUGUGUCACCAAUCAGUAUGUCUCCCAUCAGUCAGUCUCAGUUUAUUCCACUCGGGGAAAUCCUUUGCUUGGCCAUCUCAGCAAUGAACUCGGCGAGAAAACCUGUCACCCAAGAAGCACUCAUGGAGCACCUGACAACGUGUUUCCCAGGUGUCCCGACCCCAAGCCAAGAGAUCCUGCGGCACACGCUGAACACGCUGGUGCGGGAGAGGAAGAUCUAUCCGACUCCGGAUGGCUAUUUCAUCGUGACCCCACAGACUUACUUCAUAACUCCUUCCCUCAUAAGAACUAACAGUAAAUGGUACCAUUUAGAUGAGAGGAUACCUGACAGGUCUCAGUGCACCUCUCCACAGCCCGGGACCAUAACGCCCUCUGCCUCAGGCUGCGUCAGGGAAAGGACAUUGCCCAGAAACCACUGCGACUCCUGCCACUGCUGCCGAGAGGACAUGCACAGCAUGCACGCGUCCACUCUGCAGAGGAAACCUGCCAAGGACUGCAAAGACCCUUACUGCCCUCCCUCUCUGUGCCAGGUGCCACCCACUGAAAAGAGCAAAAGUACUGUAAACUUUUCUUAUAAGACAGAAACUCUCUCAAAACCGAAAGAUAGUGAAAAGCAGUCCAAAAAAUUCGGGCUCAAGUUAUUCCGGCUAAGUUUUAAAAAAGACAAGACCAAACAGCUGGCCAAUUUCUCCGCCCAGUUCCCCCCCGAAGAGUGGCCCCUGCGAGAUGAGGACACGCCGACCACCAUCCCUCGGGAGGUGGAAAUGGAAAUCAUCAGGCGGAUUAACCCGGACUUGACCGUGGAAAACGUCAUGAGGCACACGGCGCUCAUGAAGAAGCUUGAAGAAGAAAAAGCACAGAGGAGUAAAGCUGGGUCCUCUGCCCAUCACAGCGGAAGAAGUAAAAAGAGCAGGACUCACCGAAAGUCCCACGGAAAAUCUCGGUCCCACAGCAAGACGCGGGUGUCUAAGGGAGACCCUUCGGAUGGCUCGCACCUGGAUAUCACGGGGGACAGAGAGUAUGACUUUUGCGAUCCUCUCACCAGGGCCCCCAGGGAGGGCUGCUUCAUCAUCGAACACAAAGGAGAUAACUUUAUCAUGCACAGCAACACGAACGUGAUUGAGUCGCAUUUCCCCAUGACACCGGAAUGGGACGUGUCUGGUGAAUUGGCCAAAAGGAGAACUGAGAUGCCUUUUCCUGAACCUUCCAGGGGAAGCUCCCACUCGAAAGUGCACCGAAGCCACAGCCAUACCCAGGACCGAAGGUCCAGGAAUGAGAGAUCCAACAAAGCCAAGGAGAGGUCCAGGUCCAUGGAUAACUCCAAAGGCCCUCUGGGUGCUUCUUCUCUAGGGACGCCUGAGGACCUUGCUGAAGGCUGUAGCCAAGACGACCAGACCCCCAGCCAGUCCUACAUUGACGACAGUACUUUAAGGCCUGCACAGACCAUUGGUCAUCAAAGGGCUCACAUUUCGUCUACAAGCUAUAAAGACGUGUGUAUUCCAGAAAUAGUCAGUGGCGGCAAGGAACCUUCCAGUGCUUGUAGCCUUUUGGAACCAGGCAAAGCACCCGAGAGUUUGCCGUCCUAUGGUGAACUCAACUCAUGUCCAACAAAAACAGCCACAGACGACUAUUUCCAGUGCAACACCUCUAGUGAGACAGUGCUCACGGCACCAUCACCUCUGGGAAAAAAUAAGGAGGACCAUGACACUCUGACCCUGGCAGAAGGGGUGAAAAAGCUGUCCCCAUCUGAUAGACAGGCCCCCCAUUCCUCCAGGGAGCCUGUAGGGCACAAGGAGGAGUCGCCAAAAGGGCCAGGUGGGGGUCCAGCUGCUUCGGGCGGAGUGGCCGAAGGGAUCGCCAACGGACGCCUUGUCCAGCACCACGGCGCCGAGCCCAGCAGCUUGGACAAGAGGAAAGAGAUAUUCAGCAAAGACACACUGUUCAAACCUCUUCACAGCACCUUGUCUGUAAACAGCUAUCACAAAUCGAGCCUGUCCCUCCUCCGAUCUCACCCGAAGACACCUGCUGACACACUGCCAGGCCGAUGCGAGAAACUGGAACCUUCCCUGGGGACCUCGGCGGCACAAGCCAUGCCUGCUUCCCAGCGUCAGCAGGAGUCGGGAGGGACCCAGGAGGCAUCCUUUGACUAUUACAACGUCUCUGAUGAUGACGACUCUGAGGAAGGGGCAAACAAAAACGCGGAGGAGGAGAAAAACAGAGAUGAUGUGGGCACCAUGCAGUGGCUCCUCGAGAGGGAAAAGGAAAGAGACUUGCAGAGGAAAUUUGAGAAGAACCUCACCCUACUUGCCCCAAAAGAAACCGACAGCAGCAGCAACCAGAGAGCCACCCAUUCAGCCCGGCUCGACAGCAUGGACAGCAGCAGCAUCACGGUGGACAGUGGAUUCAACUCCCCACGUACUCGGGAGAGCCUGGCUUCCAACACGUCAAGCAUUGUUGAAAGUAACCGUCGUCAGAACCCGGCGCUGAGCCCGGCCCAUGGCGGAGCUGCUCCAGCCUUCAACUUCCGAGCAAGCACGGACCCCCCGACAAACGAAGCUGAGAAAUUACAGAAACCUUCCAACUGCUUGCAAGCUUCUGUGACUAGUGUGUGAUCGUCAUUCUGCCUCAGACCUUCUGUCUCAUUCGAUACAGCAAAGUUUACGACACUGGGACUGAUGUUUACAUCUUUGGAAAGACAAGCAUCUCAACCACAGUUUUUGUGUUUACUUAAACUGUGCUGCUAAGUAGGCUAGGGCAAAAAAAAAAAAAAAAACAACAACAAAAAUCUUUAUUUCAAAGUAUUGCUUUUCACAUUUUUGGCUCUGUAGCAACUGAAUAGCAGUAGGGGUGAUAUGUAUACUUUUGCUUCACUAAUUGUAACUGAGCACACAUAGGAAAGUCUAGACACUGUAAGUGUAAUAUGCAUUUUCAAUGUCAUACAGUUGCCAAUUCCAUUUUAAUUGCCACAGAUGCGUGUUGCUCCCAGUCUGUGGCUAAAUGAUGCUGCAGAACUGAUCCUUGACACUUCCAAAAAAAAAA